AUGGUUUCCUUUUCGUGCGAGGGAUGCGGUGACAUUCUCACCAAGAAGAAGCUCGACCCUCACGCCAACCAGUGCUGGGGCGCAUCAUUCACCUGCAUCGACUGCAUGGUCCACUUCCAAGGCACCGAUUACCGUGCGCAUACCAGCUGUAUGUCUGAGGCUCAGAAAUACCAAGGCCACCUCUACAGAGGCGAGAAGAAGGGCAAGGGUCAAAAUCAGAACCAGAAGAAGCAGGAUCAGGCUCUUGUACAGACAAAGGCACCCGAACCCACCACUACCGAUGUCGCCAAAACCAAUGCCCCGCCAAAGGCUCCUUCUCCUCCUCCAUCUGGUGCUGAGUUGCCUCCCGGUGUGAACGUCUUUGAUUACAUGGACACCACUCCCGCAAAGAUCGAAUCCGCACCCUUCGUUACACCAGCCUCAAAGCGCGACCGUGAUGACAAGAGCAAGAGUGACAAGAAGCGCAAGAGAGAUGAAGAUAUGGCAGAACCCACUCCCGCAUUGCACACUGGUCUCACAGGUGGUUUGAACAGAAUGCUGUCCGGCCCCGACUUUGGCGAGGAUGGUGCUGCUGCCAGUCCUUUGAGCCCCAAGAAGCGUAGCAAGAAGGACAAGUCAGAGAAGGAAUCAAAGAAGGCAUCGUCAGUCAAGAGCUCGUCCAAAAAAACAACAUCUUCAGACGCGCGCGAAGACAAGCAGCUCGUCACCAAACGCUCACCAGCAGAGCUGUUCUUGAGCUUUGUUGACAAGGGCCCCGAAAGCGACAGCGGCUUGAGCAUCAACAAAGCUCUCAAGCGCUACCACCGUGAGCGUCAAGCACAGGGUAAGAAGGAUGAUGGCGACAAGGACCUCUGGAAGGAUCUUCGCAUCAGGAAGAACGAGAGAGGAGAGUUUGUUCUCUUUAUUUGA